AUGGGCUCUGGACUCGCUGAAAAGGGUACAGAUGCCCAAGAUCAUAUUCACGAGGAUCAAGCUGUGACAGACAUUUCCAACGACGGCAAAAAGAGGCAACGCCGUCAAACCGAUGACAGCAUUACUCUCCGCUCGAUCCAUUCCGCCACAGAGUCUCACCAUGUGGCCCAUCAGGACGCCGAAGCUGCUCUAUAUCGCAUCAGAACACCAAAGCAGCUCCUUGUAAAAGUCCCGCGUAAAGAGCGGCGGGGCUGGUUCGCUGCGUUCGCUCUCAUACCGGAAGUGACCAACCCAUACGACUACAAGGACAGCACAAAAUGGUUCAUCACUUUCAUCGUCUCGGUCGCCGGGGCGUGUGCUCCGGUCGGUUCAGGGAUCAUAUUUCCAACACUAGAGCAGGUCACCAGAGAUCUGAACAGUACCCCGGUUGUUACCAACUUGACAGUGGCGCUGUAUAUGCUCAGCAUGGCGAUCUUCCCGCUUUGGUGGAGUGCAUUCUCUGAGGCGUCGGGCCGGCGAUCAGUCUAUAUUGCUUCCUUUGCACUCUUUGUGCUCUGGGCGGUGUGCUGUGCGAUAUCAACGUCCAUUGAGAUGUUGAUCGUGGUUCGUAUGUUGGCUGGAGGCGCAGCAGCAUCUGUCCAGGCAGUAGGUGUGGGCACCAUUGCUGAUGUGUGGGAGUCUCACGAGCGUGGAAGAGCUAUGGGCAUCUUCUACCUUGGACCGCUAUGUGGACCGCUAUUCGCACCGAUACUGGGUGGCAUUGUGGGUGAAAGGUGGAAUUGGCGUGCAACACAGUGGGUGCUGGUGAUAUACGGUGCCUUGACCUGGCUUCUGAUAUUCUUUGGACUUCCUGAAACGUUGAAGUCGAUGAAAGACCUGACUUUAGCUGCCGAGGCUGAAGCAGUCGAAACAGACGGCGUUGCGAGACCUGCAUUGAGCCGCACAUCAACACGUGAAUCUGUUCAACGACAGUCAAAGAAGUACGUGCGCAUUGCGAGGAUGCUGCUUCUCGAUCCGCUCAAGAUUUUCGUCUACCUCAAAUACCCAGCGGUCAGCCUAACGAUAUAUUAUGCGAGCGUCACCUUUGGCGGACUGUAUGUGCUGAACAUCUCCAUCACAUAUACAUUCGAGCGACCACCAUACGAGUUUACAACAUUGAUUUUAGGCUUGUUGUAUUUACCAAAUUCACUUGGGUAUAUAUUAGCUAGUAUACUAGGCGGGAGAUGGAUGGACUAUAUCAUGAAACGCGAAGCAGUCAAGGCCAAUCGCGUCCACGAAGGCAAACUUGUCUACCAUCCAGAAGACCGAAUGCGGGAGAAUGCAUGGUUGGGAGCGUUGCUCUACCCAUUGAGCUUGAUCUGGUAUGGUUGGACGGCUGAGAAGGGUGUAUUUUGGUUAGCUCCGAUGAUCGCCAACUUCUUCUACGGAGUCGGCAGUAUGCUGAUCUUCGCCAUGGCAACGACAAUGUUGACCGAGUUCAUGCCUCAGCGGUCGUCGUCAGGCGUGGCGCUGAACAACUUUGUCCGCAACAUCUUUUCCUGCGUGGGUGGCAUUGUUGGGGCGCCCUUGAUUGCGUCUAUUGGUAAUGGCUGGCUUUUCACGAUAUUAGGGCUGUGGGCACUCUCGAGUGCUUCUGUGAUCUGGGCCAUGCGAAAAUUUGGCCCGCGAUGGAGGAUACGUAUGGACGAAGAGCUCGGAGAGUGA